AUGCAUCAACGACGCAACACUUCCACGUUUCCCACACUUCUGGAACCACUUUGCCAUCGUCGCCAGCUUCCGCCGACACCCGGAUCACAAAUACGUCGGUCGAGCAGUCCUAGGAUACUUCCGACCCCACCACCAAUUUCUCCUCUUUCUCCAGAAUCUCGUUCUCCAUCAGCAGCCCAAUUACAGCGAAGAGCUUCCGGUAGAAUCUUACCUAAACCACCCAUUGAUGACUGGUCAACGCCUAUACAGACGUCGUCACCACCUAUUGUUACACCUGAUCCAACUUCGGAACCAUCAACGGACGUUCCUGAAUCGCCACUGAUACAGCGCAUCGGCGAUUUUGAAUCGUUAGACCACAGUACACCUGAUGGGAACCGCUCGCAAUCGUCAUCACUUUCACCGUCCAUUGAGCAGAAAAUGCUCGUUUCGGAGUUUGACAUUCAUCGAUCGGCUUUACGUAUUCGUGGAAAAUUGCGACAACUAGCUGCCACAACAUUGACGGCAUCUCCGAAAAGAAUCGGCCCAUUAUGCAUUUGUGAUGGUGGACUUUGUGAGGGCGUGAAGCAUGUUCUCGGUGUGACAACGUGUCGAGACACGAUCGCUAGCAAAUCAAGUACUGACGGUGAUGAUCCGUUGGCUCAUGGAUUGGAUCCGUCUUUAUACGGGCCGAAUGCACCCAUUACCUGCGCUUCACCCAGCGCCAGUGAUCCUGGAGCAGUACCUUCGUCUUCAUCUUUCAGAUAUUGUAUUAUCGAACUACAAAUAAGUCCAAAAAAAGACGUUUGGUUUAUCGAUUUUCUCAUAAAGAAUGUGCAUACCCUUAAUGAAUGA